AUGGCUUGUUUGUCUAUGAUUAAUUCACUGGCAUUUUUUAUCACCAUAAUAAUAAUAUCAUUAAUUUGCCCUUCUUCUCGUGCCCAAAACUCUCCACAAGAUUAUCUCAACGUCCACAACACGGCGCGAUCCCAAGUUGGCGUGGGCCCCAUGGUGUGGAACGACACGGUUGCAGCUUACGCAAUGAAUUAUGCCCAACAAAGGAUGGGGGAUUGUAACCUCGUCCAUUCGGGCGGCGGUUACGGAGAGAAUCUAGCCAAGGGAAGUAGUGGUACGUUCACUGGAGUAGCCGCAGUAAAUUUGUGGGUUGCAGAGAAACCCUACUACUCUUAUAGCUCAAACGCUUGUACAGGAGGACAACAAUGUCUGCACUAUACUCAAGUUGUUUGGCGUAACUCUAUCCAACUUGGCUGUGCUAGGGUUCAAUGCACUAACAAUGGAUGGUGGUUUGUAAUCUGCAACUAUAAUCCACCAGGCAACUAUGUCGGCCAGUAUCCUUACUAA